AUGCAUAUCACUGCCAAAGAGGCUGACAGGAGGUGCGUGUGUAUGUGUCUGUUGCUCGUCGUCAGUGUGUCCUUGGCCCCAUAGACAAGCAGCAGGUUAGCUAGAGAGCUACCACUGGAUUUUGACAGCUAUAGGAAGCCAAAGCGGAGGGCACCAUAAGGGGAGCAACAUCAUUUUCAUUUAGAAAGCAGACUAAAGAGUCACAUACUCAAGAUGGCUUUCUUGAUCAAGAGCAUGAUUGGGAACCCCCUGUCAGGAAUGGGUCUUGGUGGUGGAGGUGACAAAGAAGAGGAGGCCACCCCCUCAGAUCCAGCCAAAGCAGCGGGGAUGACACGGGAGGAGUAUGAAGAGUACCAAAAACAGUUGGUGGAGGAGAAGAUGGAGAGAGAUGCCGAUUUCUUACACAAGAAGGCGGAGAGGGCAACACUCAGAGUGUGCCUCAGAGAAAAAUACAGACUGCCAAAGAGCGAGCAGGAUGAGAACAUGAUUGAGAUGGCCGGGGACGACGUGGACGUGCCCGAGGAGCUGCUCAAGAUGGUGGAUGAGGACGCCACGGAGGAGGAGGGCAAGGACUCCAUCAUGGGCCAGAUUCAAAACUUGCAGAACAUGGACAUGGACCAACUGAAGGAGAAGGCCUCGGCCACCGUCACUGAGCUGAAGAGCAAAGCAGAGGAGAAGUGCUCCGUCAUGUGA